AAGUUCCAGAUGGAUUAAAUUCGCAAAAAUUGGUUAAACAUGAUGGAUUCUGCAGCUUCCGUGGAAGGUACGAUCGAAGCUCUGCAUGAAGCAGUGCAUCGAGGCCUGGAUCUCCGGAAGUAUUCCGAGAUGGUUGGCAAGGAGUUGAAGCAAGUGGAAAGUGAUGUGAUUCAAGAUUACUUGGGACAACAUGAAAAUGUCCUGAAACUCCAUUCAAACCUCACUGACUGUGACAAUAUCUUAGCGAAUAUGGAGAAGAUGAUGGAAGCGUUCCAAGAAGAUUUGAGAAACAUAUCUUCGGAAAUACUUGAUUUACAAAAGAGAUCAUUGCAGAUGAACCACAAGUUGCGAAAUCAACAAGCCGUUCGUGGUCUUCUUUCGCAGUUCAUUGACGAGCUUGUUGUUCCUGACACAAUAAUUGCGUUGGUGCAUAUACUGGAAACUCCAGUCGUAGAACCUGAAUUCGCGGAGAACCUUCAGCAAUUGGACCAGAAAAUAGUUUUCGUUCAGGAGCAUAGCUUUCAAGAAUCGCGUGCGGUGAUGGAUGUUGUUGAAAUCCUGACGAAGUUGAAAAUGAAAGCAGUGACGAAGAUUCGGGAAUUCAUGCUUUCGAAAAUUUAUCAACUGCGGAAGCCCAUGACAAAUUAUCAGGUUCCGCAGAACUCACUCCUGAAACACAAAUAUUUGUUUCAAUUCUUGAUGGCUCACGAAAAAGAAAUCGCCCGAGAGAUAAGGGAUGAAUAUGUGGAAACUCUGAGCAAAGUUUAUUAUUCUUACUUCAAAGCGUAUGCAUCCAGAAUAAUGAAACUUCUGACCGAUGAAACGGCCUCUAGAGAAGACAUGCUGGGUACAACCGAAUCAAUCCGAUCUUCCGGAGGACUCUUCAGUGGAAGCAGACCCCAAAUGAGGAAUAAGUCAACCAUGUUCAGUGUUGGAAAACGUGGUGAUGUGUUGACGACAGAUCUUGAAGCUCCAGUUAUCGUUCCCCAUGCAGCGCAAAAACAGGAAUCCAAGUACCCUUUUGAGGCACUAUUCCGAAGCGAGCUUUAUGCGUUGGUCGACAACGGGUGUCGGGAAUACAUUUUCUUGACGGAGUUUUUUUCUGUUCAAGAGGCUAUGGCAUUAGAUUUGUUCACGGUGGUCCUGAGCAAGACUUUGGGUAUCUUCGCGAAACAAUUGGAACAGUGGACCGCGGACUGCUGGGAUACCAUCGCACUUUUUCUUUGUGUUCAUUUAAUUCAUCGGUACAGACUUGUUUGCCAUAAGCGAGCUGUGCCUGCGUUGGAUGCGUAUUGGGACACCUUACUUAAACUCUUAUGGCCAAGACUUGAAUACGUGUUGCAGUUGAAUAUUCAGAGCAUCAAAGAUUGUGACGUUGGAAAAUUGGGAGAGUUUGACUUGCAUCCUCAUUACAUUCCUCGAAGAUACGCUGAAUUUAGUUCUGGGAUGAACUUCAUCAACGAAAGCUUUCCAACGGAUUCCUCGCAAAUGGACGGCUUACUUCUUGCUUUGCAGCAUGAGAUGGAUUCCUUGCUUCUUCGAAUGGCUGCUCAUUUUCAUAGUCGCAAAAAGCAGCUUGUGUUCCUCAUCAACAACUAUGACAUGAUGCUGGGGGUUGCUGCUGAAAAGACGAGAGAAGAUUCGAAAGAUUGCGAAGUUUUCAAGCAGCAACUCAAUUCCAUGAUUGCCGAGUACAUCGAACAAGUUUUAAGUCCUCAUUUUGGUGGACUCAUACAGUUCAUUAAAGAUGGUGAGCGUCUGAUCGAAAAGGGAGAGGAACGAUUGCUGGAUCAAGAAGAGAAAAAAGCCCUGCAACUGAUCCGAACUUUCAACGCUGGCUGGAAGAAAGCUCUUGACGAUAUCGAAAUGGAAGUGCGCACUACCUUCCCCAAUUUCAAGAAUGGUCACAAUAUCCUUCAGGGAAUCCUCGCCCACUUUGUUCGAUACUACCAUCGACUACAAAGAGUCAUCGCCGUGCCGGCUUUCAAGCACAUUCAAAGCCGCGGAGAACUUCUUAAUGUUCACCAUGUUGUGAUGGAAGUGAAGAAAUUCAAACCUAAUUUCUAGUGAUGGGUUACGCGGAUCUUUCUGCUACUCAUUUGCUGUGGCCGCGUUUCAAAAUACUGUAUUACUGUGGGAAAAUUGCAACUAGGCUUGACCAAAUGUUUGCUAUCAUUGCACGUGGUUGAUCAAUUUAUUCUGAGAAAUUCGGAAAAUAAAAACAAAACGUAUAACUUGUGCAGGCCAUAGUUUUCCCAUCAUUAUGUGAGGGAAUAAUCUGCAACAAAUGUCGGGG